AUGCCACCCUGCGGUACUGGCUCUCUCUUGGAUAGUGCAUGUUACACUAGGGUUAUAACUCGACCAGCAGCUUCAUUAGCGCUGCAAUUCGUGCUCUAUGGAGCGUACGCUAUUCUUUUCGGAAUCUGCCUGUUCACACUCACCACUCGAAAAUUAAAAUUACCUUACUCCUCCAUCCAUAUCGCCGCGGUGACUACACUAUUUGCUGUAGGCACGAUAAGCCUUUCUCUCAACACUACCAUCAUCGUCCGAACGGCGACAAUGUCAUUGGCUCCAAUAGCCUUCAGCGACAUAUCUCUAGCUAUCAAUGCUAACAAGUCUGUCAACGAAAUACUUGAACAACAGAGAGUUUUAAUUCCGUGCGCGCACAUGCUACUUGUGCUAGCCAAGUAUGACAUUCUUUCUCUCCAGGAAUCCAUACAUAAAACUCAGAAGCCCCCCCUUAGUUCUAUAGCCGAUGCAAUUCUCGUGUGGCGUUGUUAUAUGAUCUGGGCAUAUAACCGAAAAGUUACCGCGUUUCCCGCCCUGUUCUGCUUUGUCAAUAAUUUUCUUGGUAUUACUACGAGCGCUUUAUACAUCAAGAAUGGACAUGUAGAACAAUUCUUUCAGGUUCCUCAUACCGACUCAACAUCGACCGUUUUUACCGUCUUUAUAUUCGGAACUCUGUUCUCCAAUCUCCUUAUUACCGCCAUGAUAGCCGGACGUAUCACAUAUCUCGCCCACAAAUCCAAAGCUUUCCUCGUUCCUGAUUAUUGGAGGAUGUACAGAGCAGCUAUUUCUAUCACUCUCGAAUCCGGGAUGCUACUGCCAUUAGCUAUCGUAGUCUACGCUGUGGCUGCUCUGCAAACACAAAAAGUUCCGAAUACAUGGGUUCCGUCCGCCAGCUUAGGGGUUAUGGAGACAGUGGCGGAGGUUAUGUUUUAUGCGUUGGUUCAGUUUGUUGGGAUCGCGCCUACAUUGAUUAUCGUUAGGAUUGGUCUUGGGGUGAGCGUUGAAGGGAGACAGCAAGACUCUAGCCCUGAGCGGCAUGAGAUGAGGGCGGACAUGAGGGUGGAGUAG